AUGGAUAUACGACCUUUAAAGAAACAGAAAGUAUCUACUGAUUAUAAGGAUUCUAUAAAUCGAGAAGUAUUAAAUUUUGAUUUUGAAAAACUAUGUAAUGUAACAUUAUCAAACAGUAAUGUUUAUUGUUGCUUAACUUGUGGGAAAUAUUUUCAAGGUAGAAGUAUAUCAUCACCAGCUUAUAAUCAUACUUUAAAUAAUGAUCAUCAUAUAUUUAUAAAUUUAAAGAAUCAGAAAUUUUAUAUAAUACCUGAGAAUCAAGAAAUUGAACCAAUUCAAGAUAUAAUAGAUUAUUUAGAUCCUAAAUAUACUAAGGAAGAUAUUCUAAAUUUACCUGAAAUAUCUACUGAUCUUCAUAAUAAACAAUAUAAAGUUGGGUAUGUUGGACUCGAUAAUAUCUCAAAUAAUGAUUAUGAAAAUGUUAUAAUUCAAGCAUUGAGUCAUAUACCGAGUAUUCGAGAUUUCUAUUUGAAGUUAAGUUAUCGUGAAAAACUUCAAAAUCAAAUAUCUAAGAAAUCUCCAUUAAAUGAUAGAUUUGGUAUAUUAAUUAGAAAAAUAUGGUCUAAACAUUUAUACAGAAAUCAUAUAUCACCUCAUGAGUUAUUACAAUAUAUAUCAAGUGUUACUAAAGGUACAUUUUCCUUAACUGUUCAGAAUUCACCAAAGAAAUUCCUCAUUUGGUUUUUAAAUCAACUUAAUUCUCAAUUAGUGAAAUAUACAAAAUCUACUGUAAUUAGUGACUCUAUUCAAGGAAAUAUUGAAAUCACAAGUUAUAAAACAGAUGCUGAACCAAUUAUAACUAAACUGAAAUUUUGGGUUAUAACUUUAGACUUACCACCACCCCCAUUAUUUGCAGGUGAAACAAUCGCUGAAGUUGACUUAUCUUCAUUAAUGAAAAAGUAUAAUGGUAUUGAAAAAUCUCAUAUAUCAAAGGAUGAAUUGCGUUCUUAUAAGCUUGUACAUCCAUUUCCACCUUUUCUUAUAGUUCAUAUAGAUAGAGGUGUUGAAAAGGACAAUAUUAAGAAAGGUAAUCCAACUGUAGUACAGUUCCCAGACAUAAUGGAUUUUUCUCCAUAUACUGAUAGUAAAGAAUCACUUAAUUAUAGAUUAUUAAGCAUAAUUAAACAUGAACUGAUUACUGGUAAUGAAAUCGAUGAGAGUGAUAUAAAAAGUGAAUGGGCAAUAAGUAUUAGAAGAAAUGAAGAAUGGAUUACAAUUAAAGAUUCAGAAUUAAAACCAUGUCAACGUGAAUUAUUAUUUUUAGACGAAAAUUAUAUACAAGUAUGGGAACGAUAUUAG